AUGAAAAACGAUCCAGGAUUUGUUUAUGAUUCUGAAAACAGAAGUCAAAAUCAAAGGAAUGUUGGACAGCCUGCGAUCCCUAGAAGCAACCCUCCUGCAAGAAAUGUGUCGACUAAAAAGACUGAAGUGGCCGUUGACCAAACUUCUAUGACAAUCUGUCCACUGCAUGGUAAAAACCACUCAUUAAACCAGUGCAGAGCAUUCCGCCUGAAACCUCUAGAAGAAAGGAUAAAAUUCAUUCGAGACAAACACAUAUGUUUAAAAUGUGCGGAUAAACGACACCUGGCAAAAAAUUGCAAGUCAAAUGCACCAUGUGGCAUAUGCAAAUCUAAUGUACACCCCACGGCGCUUCACCUUGACCAAGACGAUAAGGAAGUGACAGCCGCCUGCACACAAGUCUGUGGAACAACUCGUCCUACGAACAGAUCAUGUGCUAAGAUACUCCAAGUGCGUGUAUACCGAGAAGAUAGACCAAGAGUAGCUCGGACUGUGUAUGCCAUCAUAGAUGAUCAAAGUAACCAGACCCUGGCAACGUCUACUCUCUUUGACUUCUUCCAGGAAAAAGGUCCGGAACACAAUUAUAUCUUAGUGUCCUGUGCUGGGAGAAAACCUACCUUUGGCAGACAGGGAAUUGGCUAUGUUGUGCAGUCUUUAGACCAGACGUGCUCGUUGAAACUGCCUACCUUUCUAGAAUGUGACGACAUUCCCAACAACAGGGACGAAAUCCCUUCUCCCCAGGUGGCACGACAGUUUGCCCACUUACGAGACAUAUCCAAGCUCAUUCCACGAGUGGACGAUAAAGUAGAAAUAGAAAUGUUAAUUGAGAGAGACCUCCUUGAAGUACAUCACGUUAAGGAGCAGAAAGUAGCUGACCCGAGUCUGCCGUUUGCACAGAAACUUCGAUUGGGAUGGGUGGUCCUUGGGAAAGUGUGCUUAGGAGACACACAUGUUUCGGAAGUAGUCAACACAAACAAGUCUUUCAUUCUUCCAAGUGGACGACCCACCUUCUUUGAACCAUGUGGGAACAAGCUUUCGGUGAUCGACGAUGUGUUCCAGAAAACUGAAAACGACGAAAAACCUGGACCAUCUGUAGAAGACCAGAAAUUUGUGGACAUUAUGAACUCUUCUUUCAAAAGAGGCAAAGAUGGAUGCUGGAUAGCACCACUACCUUUCAAAGAGGAUAGACCAACUCUACCCAAUAAUAAACCACAAGCUCAGAAACGAGCUCUGAUGCUAGACAGCAGCUUCAGACGCAAUCCUACAAAGCUCCUUCACGCUCAAGAUUUCAUGCAGAAAAUCUUUGACCAGGGACACGCUGAGAUAGCACCUAAGAUUGCAGUAGAUUCUGAAUGCUGGUACUUACCAUUGUUCGGGGUUUAUCACCCCAGAAAACCUGAGUCUAUACGUAUGGUCUUCGACUCCUCUGCCGAAUACGAAGGACUAUCUUUGAAUGAAGUAUUGAUCAAAGGGCCAGAUAUGACCAACAACCUCUUGGGCGUUCUACUUCGCUUUCGGCGGGACAAGAUUGCUAUCACUGGAGACAUAGAGCAAAUGUUCUACAAUUUCAAGGUUACAGAGAAAGACCGUGACUUCUUGAGAUUUCUUUGGCAUCCCCGAGGUGACCUAAAUGCACCAUUACAAGAAUACAGAAUGACUGCACGUUUUUGGGAACACGCCGUCUCCUGCAAUCGCCACAUAUGGGUUACGCAAAGCAGUACAGUAUGCAGAUAA